AUGGCAGCAUCAAGAGGUGAAUGUCCUGCUGACCCUCUCCCGUGUCAGGAGCUGUGCUCCGGAGACGCAUCCUGUCCCCAGGGGCACAAAUGCUGCAGCACCGGGUGUGGCCAUGCCUGCAGAGGAGACAUUGAAGGAGGGCGGGAUGGUCAAUGCCCCAGAAUUCUGGUAGGCCUGUGCAUUGUCCAGUGCAUGAUGGAUGAGAACUGUCAAUCCGGGGAAAGGUGCUGUAAGUCAGGCUGUGGCCGCUUCUGCAUCCCAGGACGCCAGCCUCUCCCACAGCUCAAGGACUCCAAUGUGACUGAUGGCUUUAAUUCUAAAGUAGAGACUCAAGCACCCUCGCUGACCUGAUUUGUCUGGAG